ACUGACAGAAUUGACCACAGUUUUGCGGUGGAAUGGAUGCAGGACUUCGAGACUUUUCAGGAUGCCCUGAAUCAAGAGACCUCCUAUGUCAGUAACCUGCCUCGUUCUAUGAGUUUAGUGUUGGAUGGAUUUUACAGUUCAUUGAAGGUGGUUGGUGUUUCUGCAGUGCUUGGCACAGGACUGGAUGAGUUUUUUAUCCAGCUUUCUAAAGCUGUAGAUGAAUGUGAGAGAGAGUAUCGUCCAGCAUACGAGCGCCUGAGAAAAACCCUGGAGGAAGCUGAAAAUAACCAAAAGAGAGAGCAGCUGGAACACUUGUGGAAGGACAUGGGCAGUGUGUGUGUGCAGGGCAGCACACUGGCAGGACCUGAUGCUUCUGCAAUGGGUCCCUCUGAGCUCAUACUAACACAAGGAACUCUCGAUGAAGGGCAAGAAGAGAGGGAGAGUGACACUGAUGAUGACCAUGAAGUGACUGAGGAGAGUCAUGAAGAACCAGCCUUCAGAAACUUUGUGCAGGACACGCGGAUGAAAUGCCAGAGGAGAAGCAACGCGAAUGAAUGAGACCUGCAGAAACAGAAGGUUUGGAAUCACUUGUAAUGGAGUUAAAACUGAAGGAACAGCAUAAAGAAACUUGCAUGGAAC